UUUUUUCCCAGUACAGUUGAGUUUUAUCAUAGGGAGCGUAAAUAUCGACGAAAUGUUAUUUUAAUAAUAAAUAAUCAAAAACUUUAUGAACAUUAUAAUAUUAAAUAAAAUGAAUCAGAUAUUUCGUACUUAUGUAUUUAAUCGAAAUAUUUGUAAAUCUUUCGAAAUAAAUAAAAGAUUUGCGGGUCAUAGUAAAUGGCAGAAUAUAAAACAUACAAAAACAGAAAAUGAUAACGCAAGAGCUACAUUAUUUUUACGAUUAAGAAAAAUGAUACGAGAUGCUGUUUUGGUGGGUGGUAGUACAAAACCAUCGACAAAUGCAAAAUUAGCACGUGUUAUAGAAUAUUGCAAAAAAUCAAACAUGCCCUCAGCAUCGAUAAAUAGUGUGCUUGAAAAAAUUGCUAAUUCAAAAGAAAAAACUCAGUCUGCUUUAAUAGAAAUCAAUGGGCCAAAAAAUUGUAUCAUGAUUUUAAAAAUUGUAUCAGAUAAUAUUGUAGAUACAAAAUCACGUCUUAAUACAAUACUAAAAAAGAUCAAUGCUAAGGUUUCAGUAGGUGCAAUAAACAAUUCUUUUGAAUAUAAUGGUAUUAUAAUAACCAACAAAAAAUCUACAUUGGAGAAGGCAACAGAGGAUGCAAUAAAUGUUGGAGCUUCAGAUAUUGAGGAUAUGGAAGAUGAUGACAAAAAAUAUUAUAAGUUCAUAUGUGAGCCACAACUUUUAUCAAAAAUAACAACCAAAUUGAAAAGUCUUGAUUAUCAUAUUAUUGAUAUAAGAGAAGAAUUAACUCCACUAUGUGUUAUAAAAUUAAGUGAUGAUGAUCUAAAAAUAGUCAAAUUAGCUCAAGAGAAACUUUUAAAAAUAGAUGAAAUAGAAGAGAUAUAUGAUAAUAUAGAUCAUGAUAAUUUAUGAAAUUAGAUAUCAAUUAUAGUAUCUAAAAAUUAAAAAUAUAAACAACGCAUAUUAGAAAAUAGUACAACAUAUAAAAAAAACUAUUUUCUAUAAGUAUAUUUUUAAAAAAUAAUAUAAUUAUGGUUUAAAAAUAUAUUCUAUGUAUGUAAAUAGAAUCAUACUUUGUAUAUGAGGUUUCUAAUAUCAUAUAAUUUAUUCAUAUAUAUGUAUAUGUUACAAAAUUAUUGAUACUUAUAAAAUAGAUAUUGACCUCCCCACCUUA